UACAGGGUGCUAAGCUUCCAGGCCUUCGGGAUAAAACUCAAACGCCUUAGCCUACUGCUCCAGAACUGGAGGCACGUCCUCCCUUUCCUCCUCCCUGUCUCCCGCCUGCACAGCCUCAUGGGAACUGGGCUGCUCUCAGCCUGGAUGUUUGACCUCCCUGCAUACCCAGGUCUCCCUGACUUGGUCCCGGACCCCAACUAUGUGCAAGCAUCCACCUAUGUCCAGAGAGCCCAUCUAUACUCCCUGCGCUGUGCUGCGGAGGAGAAGUGUCUGGCCAGCACAGCCUACACUCCUGAGGCCACUGACUAUGACGUGCGGGUGCUACUCCGCUUCCCCCAGCGUGUGAAGAACCAGGGCACCGCGGACUUCCUCCCGAACCGGCCAAGGCACACCUGGGAGUGGCACAGCUGCCACCAACAUUACCACAGCAUGGAUGAGUUCAGCCAUUAUGACCUGCUGGAUGCAGCCACAGGCAAGAAGGUAGCCGAGGGCCACAAGGCCAGCUUCUGCCUGGAGGACAGCACCUGUGACUUCGGCAACCUCAAGCGCUAUGCGUGCACCUCUCACACACAGGGCCUGAGCCCAGGCUGCUAUGACACUUACAACGCGGACAUCGACUGCCAGUGGAUUGACAUAACCGAUGUGCAGCCCGGGAACUACAUCCUCAAGGUUCACGUGAACCCGAAGUAUAUUGUUUUGGAGUCUGACUUCACCAACAAUGUGGUGAGAUGCAAUAUCCACUAUACAGGUCGCUAUGUUUCUACAACAAACUGCAAAAUUGUCCAAUCCUGAUCUCGGAGGGGACGGACAGACAGACAGCCCACCUCCCCACUUCCCGAAGCAGGCCCGGCUCCCCAGGAAGCCUCCUGCCAGGACAGACCUGGCCCAUGGGGCCCAGCCCCCACCCACAGGCAGGGGCAGCUAAAAGCCACAGGCAUCCCUCCCUGCCGGCCUCAGGGAGCACAGGCGGACCGAAACCACAGGGAUUCCGGAUGCCAGGCCCAAUUUUGUACUUAACUCUCGUCUACAACGUUAUUUUGUCGAUUGUCGGUUUUUAUUUUUUGUAUUUUGGCCAUACCACAGAGCAAGAUUGCCCAGGCCCGGGCUGAAUAAAACAAGGUUUUUCUA